CAACUCAGCCCGAACCCAACUCCACAAACAACUCUAAUGCUGAUGAAUUUGGAUCAAAAUUAUAAACCCUAGAAAUACUCCAAAAAAAAAAUGUUCCAGUGUUUGCAAUAAACAGACUAUAAAAAUCAAAUUCAAAAAUCAAUUAGGAGCCAAUAUAAAUUACAAACUAAUAAAGAUUAAUUUGGUUUUACUUUUUAAUUUUAUUGUCUGAAACUGGACAGGAGAAAAUAGAGAAAAAUGGGCAAAGAAGAAGAACAAGAUGGCAUGUCUGUACAUUCUCCAUGCAAGGCUCCACCUUCUUCUGCAUCUUCUCUUACUAAGGAGCAAUCACAAGCAGAAUUGGAGCUAAGAUUUUUGGAGGCACUUGAAAUUUACCCUCCUGGAAAAUUAAAAGGAUUUUCUGCUUCAGGCAUACAUCGUCACUUUGUCCUUUAUGGUGUGAUGGAAUUUCUCCGAAGAAGCUUUGAUCGUCAAUUCUCUUCUGAAGAGGUUAUGCGCUUGUUAGAUCGUUUCUACAACCUGGAGAUGCUGGUAAGCAAGCUGUUGAGGAUCAAUUUACUCAGAGUGACUCUGAUGGGAGAGAGGAGAGGAUGAGGAUGCUGAAUUUCCACAUCGCGAGGAGGAUUUUUCUCUGCCACAAAGUUAUUUCACGAAGGAAGAAUCUUGAACAACAAUAUUAGGUGAAUGUGUACAUUUUUAUUUUAGCUGAUAGCUCAUCAAAAUUGGCAAUUUUUGAUGAUCCUAGCAUAUUAUUAUGCAUGUCCGAAAUUUUGUAUCUAUCUCACUAUAAUAUCAUUAGCACUUCCUGUAAAUGGCUGUAAUAUAUAUUUGCUCUGUUAUUUCUCA